UUGAUAUACAAAUUUCUAGAAGUUGGAGCUAACUCUAUCUUGUGAGCUAAUGAAUCUCUGCUAAAGCAGAAGUCACCCUUAAAUUGGAAAACGGACUAACAUCAUCCUCUUAAUUUUCUGUAUUUUUAAGGUUUUGGAAGAUUAUGUAGCUUGUAGAUGUUUGGCAGAUAGGUAGCAACUAGCUAUUUUUUUAUGUCGUUUGUCCUCUUGAAGUAAACCUAUUUAUGGUUAUGAAUACCAUGUGGAUGGAGUUGGAUCGUUUAUGGACCGAGGCUAAAUUAUCCUACAUAGUGUUUGUUAGCAUUUGGAAGGAUUUGCUCUCCCUCCCUUCAAACAUACAUCAUACAACAUGUUCACUGAAAUUACAGAGGAGAUAGAUGAAGAUACACACUGGUUUAUCAACACAGAAGAACGGAAGGAGAAGAUAAGGAAUAUUAUACAGCACCAAAAAUCUCUGUAUAGGUCAUCAGCAUCAUCUUCUCUGUCAUCUUCAGCUGCAUCCUCAUCAUCCGUCUCCUCACCCCAUAAAUCACGCAGUUUGUUGGCGUUGAUGAAAGGAGGAAGCACAUCCAUGAGGAGAUUGUUUGACAUGGAGCACACAAGUUUGGCAAACCAUUUUGACUUCUACACAGGUUCACCAAUAAUCAAGUCAAUAUCUUUGUGGGAUAGUGAUUCUGAGCGUGAUUUCCAUGACCCUUGGGCUUUGAUCAAGGAGGUUGGAUCCACUCGUUUUGCUGGAACUGAUAGAGAAAGUGAAUUAGCCUCAAAGGGUAGUAAUGUGGAUGGAGAUCUUGGCUCCCACAACAGAAAUGUCAGCAGUGGGAACAGAAAAUUGACUAGGAAAAAGUCCUUUAGGAGGUUGCCAAGAUUUGGUUUGUGGAGAUGUGGAAGAUUUAGAUUCCCUUUGAGAUUUAGACGGCUUAAAGUUAGAAUAUGGGGUAGACUAUUCAGAUAGAGUUAUCAAAGUUGAAAAUUUGAAAUCAUCAAGUGGGUGAACUGUUUUCUGAAAUAACGAUCCUUCAAAAACUUGAGAAGCUAUGCGAUUUGCAUCAAGUGCUCCUAUUCAAUGAGAAGAGUAAUACAACAGUGGUUGUGGAUAGAAACUCAAAACUUGGUGGGUGAAACCCACAGUUAACACUAAACAGUUUUAUUCUCUACUGACACUUGCAAAUGAUACAACGAUCAGAUAUCAGUCUAACUAUGACACUUCCUUCUUCAAUCUAUCUUCAAAUUCCUACUUUCUUUGUUCCACCGAUGAUUCCCAUAAUUCCCACUACUAAGCGGAACGGAAUAUUAAAAAAUGGUACUUGUCUUUCAUUAUAUGGCAACAUCAAGCUAUGUGGUAGUUUCUGUCCCAGAAAUAAAUUUCCCUGUGUACUUGUAUUGCUGCUUAAACUGGUCCGGGAGUUAAAAGAUAAGUGGUGGUCUAAGGACUAGGCUCACUGGGCAUAUAGGACUCUGGCUGCAGCAGCCUGUU